AUGCAUAUGGCCGUAUGGAUCGUUGGACAUUUGAUAUAUUUGGCAAGUGCUAGCGAUGCACUAUUCGAAAGAUUUUACUGGCUACCUGCGUUGACGGGCAACCGACGUUUUGACUUAUCACUGCGUCAUCCUUAUGGAGUGUUUAUGAAGCCUUCUGCGUACGAUAGCAACGAUGACGAAAUCGACAACAGCAGCAAUAAUAACGGUGCUUCUGGAGAUGGGGUGAACGCGGCAAACACGUUGAAAGAUAUUCAAGAUUUGGUUGAUAGCACAGACACUACAACUGAAGCCACCACUAAUAAUGGACACAUUCCGGCAGCUAGAUUUCAAGUUGUUCAAAGAACACCAGCAGAAGAUCGAGUUGCCGAGAUCAGUGAUGCAUGGAGGGGCGCAAUGAUCGGCGGGCGAAUGGGAUUACUUGGAUAA